GAUUGAACUAGACGCCUGCAGCAGGACGGCACCAGAGACUCGGAACGGCUGAUGUCGAAGAGGAAAGCGGAGGAGACCCUGUGUUGCCGGCCCGGCAAGCGUUUCGUCUCCCUGCCGCUGGACCGCAAGCGGAGCGUCAGGCCGCCGGCGCCGAGUGCACAGGCAAGCGCCAAGAGGAAGCUGCGGGAGGAGCCGCUGCAGGAGCCGGAGUGCAAGAGGCCCGGGAGCGCGCGGCCCGGGCACGCGGAUGGCGGCAGCACGGUCGGAGCGCGGCGCGAGGCCGGGGCCGGGGACGGCGACCGCGGGAGCGCGAGCAGCGGUGCAGGAGAGUGGCCCGCUCGCGCCUCCCGCCUGAGCGGGGCUGCCCAGAAUGCACCUGGGGAUGAAGUUUCUUGUCAAUACAACUCUUUUCAGUUUUGGAGAGUUCAGUUGCCUCCUGUUGACUUGACUGAGAUUGAAGAUUUUAGACAGCCGAAGAUAAUUGAAGAAAUGAAUUGUGAAGAUCCAGAUGAGUCAGCAGAAAUAGAGAUGGAGCUGCACAUCUGAGAUUAUCAUAAGAAAAUGUAAACAAAAUUAUGUUUGCAUAUUUUGAAAUAAUGAAUAAGGCUAGAAGUUAUCCUGGAAAGUGUGUGUUGGGGGUGGGGGUUGGGAAGGGUAAUGAAGAUGCAGUGGGCAUCCUUAAUUUUGCUGAAAAUGCUGAUUGUUGAAAUGAGCUAUAUUUUCUGCAAUCUUCUUAUAGUGUGGCUGAGGAGAAUAUUCAAGGUCCACAAGCUUUCAAAACUACCAGGCUGAUCAGAUAUGCAGGAUGCAUUUCAUCAACAUCGUAAACAAAUGUGUAAAUGUUUAUCUGAGUUGAAAUAAUCUGAAAAAUUGACAUUCCUAUUGGUUUAUGUGGUACCGGCUUUACCACCAACAAAUGUCCAGCAAAGGGACAAACUGCAGUUUUAAUGUGAAUUCAAACUGUUGAUGGGAUUUCGAUUAAGUCUAAUUGUGACUAUUGGUUCAUGACAGCUAAUAUAGCCAUGCAAAAACAUUACAAAGCUAACUGGGUGUCCCAGGGUAAAUAAUUAUUAAUAAAUGUGAACAAAUUUAUCUAAAAUAUGCAAUUUGUAAUUUUUAAAAACAGUUUACUCCUCUCCCACUUUAAGGGAUUGACCACGUAUGGAUGUGAUUCCUCUUGUACUGCACUGACGUUCUGCAGUAUCUCCAAAUGGCCAGCCUUCAAGUGUGAAUUUUGAAUUUUUGUUGAUGAGUUACUCAGAGUGACACAGCAAAGUAUAAUUGUGCAUUUGGAAUAUUCUCCUGAGCUGCUCAUGGGGGAGAAAAGCAAACUAUAGCUGAAGUCAGUAGUCUUAACUCGGAGAAUCAGAACUGAUUUGUACUCUUUCAAUGCUGUUGGGCUUCCACUUAGUUGAUUUGUUAAACAAAAAAAAGGCUUUUGAAGUGAUUUUAUCUGUGAAACGUUGAUUUUGUUGCAGUCAGCCUGCCUUUGUGAUCAAAAUGCAAUGAAAUGACAAAGAAUAACAUGUGAGAGCAAAAGAGGUUAAGGUAACACAAAUUAAUUCAAUUCUCUUUUCUCUCCACAGAUGCUGCCAGACCUGCUGAAUUUCUCCAGCAAUUUCUGUUUUUGUUUGUAACGCAAAUUAAGUGUUGCUUUUUUUUAAACAAAAUGCAAGUUUGUGCCUUAGGUUUUGAGGGUUAACACAUUAAUAAUAGGUCUGCUAAACAUUUGAGUAGCUAUAUUAUUUCAAAUUCUUCUAUUGUAUGAGGUAAAAGUAAUAAAAUUAGAUGAUGCAGGUAGAAAAAGAUUACCUGAACUUGCCAGUGGUGAUGGGAUCAAAACUCAUUAAUAUGACUAAACUAUUAAUGGGAGUUUGUUUUGCUCAGUGAUUUUUCCAAUAACUAUGGACUCGAAUUAUAUCAGAUGAGAAAGAAACUUAGGGAGAGUACUUUAUGUUCAAAGUACUUCUGUUUUUGCAGACUUAUACCAUAUUGUCAUGUAACUUACUUAAUUGGGAAACUACUGUUUCAGAGUCCGUAGAAAACAUAGGUUUCAUUAUUCUGGUGUUCCCAAGAACAACUUUUAGAUUGGGUCUCGGUGGUAUGCUCACCAGAGAAUUAUUGUGGAUUCGUUGAGUUGAAUGGUCUAUUUUCACACUAGGGAGUCUAUCAUUCUUCCUAUGACUUGAAUGGCUGAGUUAUCUCAGGAAAGAUGAAAGUGGAGGCUUCACUGAAACCUGGACUUUACAUUCAUAGUUCCAUCUGAUGUUCAUGAAGGGUUUUUCAUUGGUGAUGUCAUUGGAGUGAGUUAAUAAACAGAUUGUAAAAAAGGUAUCCACCUGGGUAAGAAAAUUCAGAUUUAAAAGAAAAUGAAACUUUCAUGGGGCUAUUAUUUUACUUUGCAAAACAGAUUAUUUGAACAAAAAUGUAUCUUACAAGGUGAUUCUGUCCCCUUAAUGUAAUAGUGCAGACCAAAAGCAAACCUGGUCAUCUCUGAUGAAGUGUAUUUUAACCUUACAGAACAGGCAUACAGUGAGUUAUUUUGCCAAAAAAUUAUUCUUAAACUGGAAAAUUUAUAUGGUUUGUGCAUGAAUGAAUUUAACAUCAGUUAUUUUCAUUUUUCAGAGUCGACUAAAUGGUGUUAUACAAGGGGUUCAGCCACAAAUAUGACACAUGGAAUUCAUUUUCUAGGAAUAUCUCUCUUGGUUUUACUUGCCAAAAUACUAUUUUUUUUUCCCUCCACCCUUUUGCUACUGUGUCACCCCCCCGCACUACCCAAGUUCGUGUUUUGUAUGAUCAAGUGAAGAGGGUUAUUGGCACGUAUGUCUUUGUAACUUCUGACAACUGCAAUCUAAACUGUUUAUACUCUUCAAUUUCUGCAAUUGGGAAAAAUAUUAAUAUCUUUAUGAGCCAGGGCAUUUUGCCUUCGCAGUCCUAAAUCAUUAGACACUUAGUUUCAUUAUGACUUUAUUUUAGUGUUAAUUGAGUUAACACUUUCUGGGCAGAAGGAUGGUAAUGCACAUUUCAUCACCAACAUAAAUUUGGACAUUGGAGUUAUUGUUGCUCCUGGAACAUUCAUGUUUGUUGUUGCUAUUUUUGGUAGUUCCCAUUUCUGAACUGUGUCGACUAACUUGAAUUUUUUUGUUAAAGGAAAAGGGUAAUAUUUCUGUUGUGCACCGUGUAAGUAAAUCCUGAAUAUGACAGGGUAAGUUUCUUGUUGGGGCUAAAGAUGUUGAACUCGGUUAUGAACAUGUAGCUUUUAUUUUCCUUCCAUCUGUUAAUAUCUAAGCUUCCAUUUUCUUUGUGAGUUGCUGAUUUGACAUUUCAGUUGUAAAUACAGUGUCAUUUUGUGUAACCAGACAAUUCACAUUGAAAGGGAAACCCAAAGAUCUGCAUGGAAAGUUAAUGAUGCCUCUGCAUGCUUCUGGGUUUAUUGGGUAUUCAAGGUGUUAUUUUAUAUAAAAUUUGAAUAUUUGAAACAAUAAAAUAUUUUCCACGUUUGUA